UUGCCGGACAGCCGCAUGCAGGACCAUUGCCUUAGCGUACGCGGUCCCAUAUUUAUGUCGUGUCUUGUUUUCUCGACAGACGUCAUCUAUUUUCCUCGCCCAGUAGUCGUACGAUAAUGGUAAAGAUGGAUGCACGAAUCUUCGAUGAUAUGAAUUUCUACAUCACGCCGGACCGGCUCUACAUCGAGCCCUCCGAGUCGGAACAGUUCGUCAUCAUCGAACGGCCAGAUGGAGCAGUUUCGCUGCACACCGUGGACAGCAAGGAGCGGUUACCGAUCCAUGGUUACGAGCUGCGGAAAAUCUGCGGAGUGCUCGGCAUGGUGCGGCUAAUCAGCGGGCUGCAUUUGGUCGUGGUAACGCAUCGCAUUUUCGUCGGCCUUAUCAACAACGAGCCGGUGUGGCAGAUGGCUGGUUCCGAUCUGAUACCGCUCACGCCUACGCUGACGCACCUGAGCGAGAGCCAGAAGGAACAGAACGAGACCUAUCUAGCCAUGAUGCGGCAGGUGCUGGACACACCCUUCUUCUACUUUUCGUACGGCUACGACCUUACCAACACGAUGCAGCGCAUCGGCAGCAAUCCGAAGGUCGGGGACAAUGUUGGCCUUUACGGGCAGAGCGACAAGCGCUUCGUGUGGAACGUUGGGCUGCUGGAGAACUUUCCACUGCUGGUGCGCUACGUUCUACCCAUCAUACAUGGCUUUGUUUCCAUCAACGAUGUAACGGUGAACGGGCAUGCUCUCAGCUGGAUACUGAUCUCACGCCGCUCGGUACAGCACGCCGGCACCCGGCUGUUCUGCCGCGGCAUUAACCAGAAUGGCGAGGUGGCCAACUACGUCGAGACGGAGCAGAUCCUCGUCACCGGACAGGAUCGGGUGUCGUUCGUGCAGACGCGCGGCAGCAUUCCCCUGUUUUGGCACCAGACGCCGAACUUGCAGUACAAACCGCGGCCACAGUUGCUGAUCGGACGGGACCAUCUGGUCGCCUGCUCGCGCCACUUCGACGACCAGUGCAAGCUGUACGGUGCGCAGUGCCUAAUCAACCUGAUCGACCACAAGGGCGCGGAAGAGGUGCUGGAGAAAGCGUACGAUGCGACCGUGUCCGGGGUCGGCAACACGCAGCUGCACUACGUCUCGUUCGACUUCCACAAGGAGUGCAAAAAGAUGCGGUACGACCGGCUGAGCCUGCUGAUGAACCGCAUCACCCACGAGCAGGACAAGUUCGGCUUUUAUCACACCAACCACGUCGGCCAGGUGUACUCCGUCCAGAAGGGUGUGUUCCGCACCAACUGCAUCGACUGUCUGGACCGGACGAACGUUGUGCAGAGCCUGAUUGCGAAGCGCAGCCUCGAGCAGGCGCUGGAACGGCUCGGCAUUUUCAAGUUCGGCGAGAAGCACAUCGAUCCCAACUCCCAGUUCGAGGCGGUCUUCAAAGCGGUGUGGGCAGAUAACGCAGACCUCAUCUCACUGCAGUACUCUGGCACCGGUGCGCUGAAGACGGACUUCACGCGCACCGGCAAGCGCACGUUCAAAGGGCUGCUGCGCGACGGGCUUAACUCGCUUACGCGCUACGUUAAGAACAACUUUAGCGACGGCUUCCGGCAGGACAGCAUCGAGCUGUUCCUGGGCAUGUACCGCGUACGGAACGGGGAAGGUUUGGAGUUUCCCUCGCCGCUCAGUGUCUCCGAUCCCACGGUCGACUGGCGCAAGCGAAUGAUUAUGGCCACGGUGCUGUUUGAAAUAGCGAUGUUCUUUGUCAUCAUGCUAUACCCGACCGAGUUUAGCUUUAAAACGGGUGUCCUGCUGCUCGGCUGGGGCGUGAUGGUGCUGUUUACCCAUCGGUUCUUCGUCAAGCAUCGCAGCGAUUUCGUCGACCGGCCGAAGCUGCUGUCAAAAAAGUAGCUUGCCGGCAGGGGCCUCUAACCGCUGGCGAAGAACUGGCCAUGCGCGACGUGAGCAUGUACUACACCAUCGUGUGAGCACGGCACGGCGGCAGCGUGCGGAUGCCGCACGGCAAGCGGAACAACAGAGGGGCAACGGAUGACCGGCUUUUACAUUUAUACAUUUGCAUGUUACGGGUGCGUAGGAACGGUAGGUUUAUAUUCAUUUGCGCGUGUGCUUUGAUUUAUUUAUUAAUUUAUUAUAUUCGUUGAUUUUUGUUCUUUUUUUAAAUUUGUUUUGCAGUACCUUUCGCGGGAAAGAUGCACAGAAAUCACAGGCACGUAAAAUUGAUUGUAGUCCUGCGUAGUUAAAACAAAAUGGGUUCAUCUAAAAGAAUGAUCAUGCCUGCUGCCAGUAGGAAAAUUCAAAUUUAGACGAAUGGGGCUUCAGAUGAUGCAAAUGAAUCAAUAAUCAACUCCUAACCUUUCCUUACGAUUUGUAUCGAAUGCAUGGUCUACGGGUGCAGCAAUGCAGCUAUUUUGCUUCCUAUACGGUUAUUUCAGGGUAGGAGAAUGUUAUUCUAGCGUAAACCAAUAAAUCAAGGUGUAGUGGAUCAUUGCAAUUAGUUUCUUUCCCAGCCGUAGCAAAUCAUUCACGACCGACAGAUAGUGAUACAGAGAGAGAGAGAGAGAGAGAGAGGGACAGAGAGGGACAGAGAGAGGGAAAGAUGCAGAUUGUGCGUGAAAUGGGAAAUGGUUAAUGGGAAUAAACAUUCAUCAAGGUGUAGCAGGUGUUAGGAACUGUUGGUUGUAAUUGACCGUUACAGAUAAGCAGGUUGAGCUAAAUUCCAUGCCAAUUCCAGUUUGAUUGUUUGUGACUAACAAACUAUAAAUAUUUAUAUAUUUUCGGCGCGGUCUUGUAGGCACGUAAAACGUAACGUAUAUGAACAAUAGAUAUCUACAAUAAAAUCACUCCGUCAUUCAAGAAAACAGCAAA